GUUGGCCGAGAAGGUGCCCUUAAACGAUGAUAAGAUUGACGAAAAAGAAGCAAACAACGCCCUCUCGGCAAUUUCCUCACCGCCCUCUUGUCCGUCUUCUCCGUCAAACUAAUUAUAGAGCAAUGAUGGCAAAACCUGCAGAUGGUGUCAACGGGACUAUCCCUUAUGAUAAUCUCGUAUUAUAAAUACAGGGCUACCUUCUGGUGAGGAUAAAAGUUAAGGAACUUGCGCACAGCAAUAGCUUACUGAACAAUCGAAGACAAGAGAGAUACUGGAACAGAAAGCAGUACUUCAUCUACUUGAAAAUGAACACUAAAAUACUGCUCGUUUUAACAGUCAUGGCGAUUAUCAGCUGCCUGCAGUUUACUACAGUUAGCGGUGUUCCCACCUCCACAGAGGAACUUGGUUCUCUGGAAGUAGAUGGCAACCAAACGGACUGGACGAUUUCCCCGCUGAAAUUUCUCCGCCAAAAACGCCACAGCAUUGGAUGCAAGUCUUACAGCCGAGCACAGUUGGUGAGAAAGCUAAACAGACUAGGCACUAGACAAGGGGCGAGCACGUAUGGCGGAUACAAUCGACGAUUCAUGGCCAUUACCUGGAGGGAGGCUCUGAAGUUCCCCAAUCUUGUUACAACAGUGAGCGUGUCGCCAAAGAACGUCUCAUCGAUCCGUAACCUUCCCUUUAACCCUCCAACACAGAGGGGCACUCUAACGUCACGCGCAAACUGUCACACAACAGACAGUGGUUUAAAGCGCAUGUGCAGUGCGUGUCCUGCAGUCACGUUCCUGGGUUACGACAGGAUUCCGAAAUACAUCAACGAGGUUACGUGUGGACAAACCAUGUGCUCACAUGGAGUGCAUGGCAUGUGCAAGAAUGCUCUCAUGUAUCAGAAGUUUUAUUACAAGACUGGUAGAUGUGAUCCAAACACAGGGUACGAGGAGAUAAAACCUUACACUCAGCCCAUACGAGUAUGCUGCGAAUGUAUGGUAUUUUAAAAUUACCUGUAGAAAAGAA